UGUCACGAUACAGCAGUGCUUUGCGGGCUCGCAAUAUGUAUGCAGCCUUUCGCUUGUACAAGUAGGUGCCGGUCGUUCGACUUAACAAUAUUAACUGUGGAUUUAGUGUUUAGUGGGUUUAUUGUUUAUUGAAGAUCGCAGAUUAGUUUUAAUAUUAAAAAUGGUGUUGGGUGCGAAAAAGGCCAUCCAACAUGUGCCGAGCAAGGGUAGGAUAUCCAUUAUGAGGAUACAAAACUUUACUGUGCAAAAAAGACAAUCAGUCGUGAGGGCGGUAUACGGUUCUUUUCUGGUGGUUUUCGCCGUAUUGCUAAUGACAGUUGACCCGGCCACCAUAGUUACGAAUUGGUUCCUGGACGUCCAGGAAGGCAGGCUGAUCUACAGGAUGUGGAACAAGCCGACGUACGAGGUGUAUUCCGAGGUGUACAUAUUCAACUACACGAACGUUGACCAGUUCAUGAGUGGGGAGGACAAACAACUCAACUUGGAAGAGAUUGGACCGUUCAAGUUUCAAGAAAUAAGAGAGAACGAGAACAUAACAAUUGACAGAGAGCGGGGUGUGAUGACCAUGAACCCAACUCUGAGGCUUAACUUCCUCCCCAAUGAAUCAAUUGCGCACUACAAGGAUGUCCAAAUCAUGGUGCCCAAUAUCGCGUUACUUGCUAUUAGCACACUCCUGGCUGACAACACUGGGUACUUCGUGAACGUUGGGGCGUAUUACUCCAUCUCGGCGCUGGGGUCCAAGCUGUUCAGGAACAUGACUGCAGAAGCAUAUCUGUGGGGCUACGAUGAUCCCCUGGUCUCGCUUGCCAGCAAACUGCUGCCAGGCUGGAUAGAUUUUGGGAAGAUUGGCAUUUUGGAUAGAUUCUACGCUCCAAAAAAAGAAGAAACGGAGGUGGAACUAAGGAACUUGUCCAGGAAAUUUUCCAUCAACACCUGGAAUAAGCUAACCGGACUUGAAGAACAGGGAUUUACGGAUUGGAACACUAGCAUUCCUUGCAACCAAGUCAAAGGCACGUACGAAGCCCUGAUCUUAACUCCUGGACUCAGCAAAGAUGUGGACAUCCCGGUGUUCAGGAAGCAAGCCUGUAGGACCUACCCCUUCACCUUCCUUGAGGAGGUCAAAAGUCAUGGAGUCAACUUGUAUCGGUUUAUGAUGGACAAGAACGCGUUUAACAAAACCUCCCGCUACGCUUGUGAGUGCACGAAAAAUUGUCUACCAGACGGAUUUGUGGAUAUCAGCAGCUGCUAUUAUGGGUUCCCUAUCACGCUAUCGAAACCUCACUUCUUGGACGUGGAUCCAGCUAAUCAGGCUCACUACAGAGGCUUUUCACCAGAUCCCAUAAAGCACAGAUCUAUCCUGGAUGUGGAGCCGGUGACUGGCGUGAAUAUGGCGGUGACCAGUAACAUCCAAAUAAACGUCGCCGUUCGGACGUCCGCGGGGAAUCCUAUCACAAAGCCUUUCAAAGACAAGGUCGUGCCUAUAUUGUGGUUUUCAUUGUUCUGCAAAGAGGCACCCCCAGAAGUCGUCAAUCUACUGUGGCUUCGCUUGGUCCUGGCUCCUCCCCUACUUAUCACCGUAUCCAUACUGCUUCUAAUCAUUGGGAUGUUCCUUGGCGUCCAAGGAUUCCACCGUCUCUGGAAGCCAAGGUAUAAGCUCGUCCAGCAAGAACCAAAGACAAGAAAGAAAAGCGUAGAGAGGAGACGGAACAGUGUCGUUGUCAACAUGGCAGAUAAUAAUGGUUUUAUAGAUGAACAAGCGUUAGCGAAAGAAGCAGUGUCCUUACUAGCUAUAACAGAAGAGGACGGUGAGGGUAUAUCAGAUUUACUUCUUAACGAGUGAUAAAUUUAGAUAAAGCUGAUAGGUAUUAUUUAUUGUAACGUAUUCUAAUAUACGAGUGUAGAAUUAGUUUUCGAGUUCAAUAAUCU